AUGCUGCCCUCGCAGGAGGCCUCCAAGCUCUACCACGAGCACUACAUGCGGAACUCGCGGGCCAUCGGCGUGCUAUGGGCCAUCUUCACCAUUUGCUUCGCCAUCAUCAACGUGGUGGUCUUCAUCCAGCCCUACUGGGUGGGCGACAGCGUGAGCACCCCCAAGCCUGGCUACUUCGGCCUCUUCCACUACUGUGUGGGCAGCGGGCUGGCGGGCCGAGAGCUCACCUGCCGCGGCUCGUUUACCGACUUCAGCACCAUCCCGUCUGGCGCCUUCAAGGCGGCUGCCUUCUUCGUGCUGCUCUCCAUGGUGCUGAUCCUCGGCUGCAUCACCUGCUUUGCGCUUUUCUUCUUCUGCAACACCGCAACGGUCUACAAGAUCUGCGCCUGGAUGCAGCUCUUGGCAGCUCUGUGCCUCGUGCUAGGCUGCAUGAUCUUCCCCGACGGCUGGGACGCCGAGACAAUCCGGGACAUGUGCGGGGCCAAGACUGGGAAGUACUCUCUGGGGGACUGUUCGGUGCGCUGGGCAUACAUCCUGGCCAUCAUCGGCAUCCUCAACGCCCUCAUCCUCUCCUUCCUCGCCUUCGUGCUGGGCAACCGGCAAACAGACCUGCUGCAGGAGGAACUCAAGCAGGAGAACAAAGAUUUUGUGGGCUCUACAGUAAGCUCCGUGUUGCGGCCAGGAGGUGAUGUCUCUGGAUGGGGAGUCCUCCCCUGUCCCGUCGCUCACUCACAGGGACCCUGAAGGCCAGGACCACAGCCCAGGAAUUGACCUGCCCUCAGCUUGUCUUUCUCCUGCCCUCUCAUCCCUCCAUUCAAGCUCCGAGGGAAGACCCCGGUCUUGGACUGACUUCUCACCUGCUACCCGUCUGCAAGCUCCAGGCUUUGAAGAGAGGUUGGGACUGGGAUGCAGCCUGGGGGAGGGGAGGAGGCCCUGAAGGCCCCAGGAAGGCCUGGUUUUGCACCUCCCUCAACUGGCCGAAGGGAGCUGGCCCCCAGUCCCUGGCCUCCUCCUCCCUUGCAUCCUGGCUGGGGGCCCUGCAGAGUCUCCAGGGGCAGGAGGCACCGUGGUUCUGGUUCCCCAGCCUCCCUCAGUCUGGAGGGCUGCUGCCUGGCUCUGUCCUCCCCUCCUCUGGUCCCCAGCCUCCUGCAGAAACUCAACUAAGACACUGAUCCAGGCAGACCAGACUCUUUCCUACCUUUCUUUUGGCUGAUGAUGGUUCCAUCAUCUCAUCACAGAGCUCCAAGCACCCCCGGCUGCCCUGGGGCCUCUCUUCUCCUGCUCCAGCCUGCUCCCAGCUCUCCCACAGGAGUCCGAACUGCACCAAGGGAGAGAGCAUAGGGCCUGCUGGUCAGCUGCUGACUGGGGCCCUAUUCAUACAGACGCUGAGCAAAGAUAGGCAGGCUCCGGAGGCAGUGCUGAGAUCCCGUUUUGGUGGCACUUGGCCACUGGGGCUGCAAGUGGCUCAGCUUGGGGUUGGCCUGGCCUUCUCCCUGCUCAGAUGGCUCACCAAUGACAGGACCCUUGACUCUGGCCUGUUUUGUACAGCACAGACUUUGUGGCCCUGUUGUCAGGGUUGGGGGUUGGGGAGGGGGACCCAUGGGUGGGAAUUAGGGGAUGCAUCACCCCUUUGCCCCUUCUCAUGUCCCCCUCCCCCCCCGACAUCUGCCAAGAGCAGAGACUGUCUUGCCUAUUUGAUACUUUUCUGCAUAACUUGAACUUGCAGGUCACCUCUGAACAGGGUACCCCCUGUCCCCUUCCCCAGGCCUUGUAACCCUGUCCCCACUUCCUCCUUCUUCCCACCUCUCGCCUUGUGGUCUGCCCAGGGUCUGCAGCCUGACGGGCAUGCUUAGAGCCAAGGCAUGAGUGAAUG